UGUAUUAACUCGCCUCGUAAUUUGCCUCUUGUGAAUUACACCAACCAUGGAUAAAUCAGCUGAACCACGCGAGGGCACCCCAUUGCUCCACAAACACAAAAUCAAAAUAGAAACGACCGAUAAGACAUCGCCCCAAAAGACACAAGCUGUGAUGGUGGUGGAGAACGGUGAUACCAAAGGCCUCGAUGGCACCGAGGUCGAGUUCAAAAACGGAAAAUACGGCGCAACAAAUGGUAAAGGUGCUGAAAAUGGAACUGUUGCUGCAGAAGACAAGGUUAAUGAGAAAGAUAAGGAAAAAGAAGAAGAGAAGCCACAAGUCCCUUUUACAAGAUUGUUCCGGUACGCUACCGGUCUAGAUGGCCUCUUCAUGUUCAUCGGUUGCUUUGCCGCCGGUGUCCAUGGCUGCGCUUGGCCGGUGCUCAACAUCGUCUUUGGCGGACUCAUCGACCAAUUUGUUGAUUUCGACAAACUGAAUAUAACAAAUUUAACGGCGAUCCCGGUAGAUGCAACAUUACCACCGGGUUUAGAUCCAGGAAAGGAAUUUGAUGACACCAUGCAGGAGUAUGCUGUCAUCUUUUCCUACAUUGGUGUGGGUGUUAUGGUAUUUGCCUAUCUUCAGACUUCAAUGUGGACACUCGCCUGUGAGAGGCAGAUUUAUAAGAUUCGCCAGGCAUUCUUUGACGCCAUCUUGCAUCAAGAAAUCCAGUGGUUUGAUGUUCAUAAGAGUGGUGAACUGACGUCCAGGUUGGCUGAUGAUAUGGAGAGAGUGAAAGAAGGAAUUGGUGAUAAGAUCGCUCUCUGUAUUCAAUAUCUCUUUCUCUUCUUGGCUGGUUUUGGUAUAGCGUUUUGGAAAAGUUGGGAGAUGACGCUAGUCCUUCUGUCUAUGACCCCUCUGCUAGCAGCCGCUGGAGGCUUCAUGGCUUACUUCCUGACAUCCUUCUCAAAGUUAGAGCAGGAAUCCUAUGCCCAAGCUGGAAGUGUAGCAGAGGAGGUUCUGUCUUGCGUAAGGACUGUCAUAGCGUUUGGAGGAGAGCAGAAAGAGGUUACCAGGUAUGAGAAGGAGCUGAAAGGAGCCAGGGAUGUAGGCGUCAAGAAGGGCGUGGCUUCAGGGGUUGGCAUGGGGAUCACCAUGUUAAUCAUGUUUGGUUCAUAUUCCCUCGCUUUCUGGUAUGGGCCGAAACUUGUCGCUGAUGGACGUCUGACCGGUGGUGACGUCAUGAUCGUAUUCUUCUGCGUCAUGAUCGGAUCGUUUUCCAUCGGUAACAUCUCGCCAUCCAUGACAGCAAUCACGGCCGCAAGGGGGGCGGCAGUUACCCUCUUUGACAUCAUAGAUGCCACUCCAGAGAUAGACACUCGCUCCAAGAAGGGGGUGCGGCCGGAUAAGAUGACGGGUAACAUAGAGUUCAAAGGGGUGGAGUUCUCCUACCCCACCCGUGCCGAUGUACCGGUAUUGAGAGGGGUUGAUCUGAGUAUCAGGAAGGGUCAGACCGUAGCCUUGGUAGGAUCCAGUGGGUGUGGCAAGUCUACCACCAUCAAUCUCCUCCUCCGAUUCUAUGAGAAGCUGGGUGGUCAGAUCUUGAUUGACGGGAAUAAGAUCGAGGACCUAAAUCUCCGCUGGUUGAGAGAACACAUCGGUGUCGUGAGCCAGGAACCGAUCCUCUUCAACUGUUCCAUAGAAACCAACAUCUCUUACGGACGAGAUGGUGUCACCAAGGAUGAGAUCAUCCAAGCCGCCAAGAUGGCCAAUGCCCACGACUUCAUCUCUAAACUGCCAAAGGGUUAUGAUACAAUGGUUGGUGAGCGUGGAGCGCAGCUGUCUGGUGGUCAGAAACAGAGAGUAGCCAUCGCCAGAGCUCUGGUCAGAAACCCACCCAUCCUUCUACUGGACGAAGCUACCUCAGCCCUGGACAGGGAAAGCGAGAAGGUCGUACAGCAGGCUUUGGAUAAGGCUUCUGAGGGUCGUACCACUAUCGUGAUCGCUCACCGUCUAACCACUAUCAGGAAUGCUGACAUUAUCUACGCCUUUGAGGAAGGUCAGAUCGCAGAGUACGGAGAUCACGCCGAGUUGAUGAAGAGAGAUGGUGUCUACAAACAGCUCGUGACACUUCAGACCCUGGACGGUGCUGAGGAAUCCGCAACAUCAUCCAAAGAGACUGUCAGAAAGGAAUCGAUCAAACGUCUUCCAUCUCGUCAGAUGUCUCGCCAGAUAUCCCGUCAGAUGUCCACCAGUUCUGCAAUGGAAGGAAAAGACAAGGAAGAGGAAGAGAUCGUAGAGGAGGAGGUGGAGUCUCGAGGCUACCUGGAAAUCUUGAAACUGAAUUCCCCAGAGUGGUAUUACAUCGUCAUUGGUUGUAUCUUCGCCGGAGCUCUUGGCGUUGCCAUGCCAGCUUUUGCCAUCCUUUUCAGUGAGGUCAUUGCAAUCUUCAGCUUGCCUCCAGAUGAGAUGAGGGAUGAAUCUGUUUUCUGGGCCCUGAUGUUCCUUGCUCUGGGUGGAGCAUUCUUUGUCAGUAACAGCAUCACUGGCAUCUGUUUCUCAAUCUCUGGAGAGGAGCUGACCCUGAGACUUCGCAAGAAAGCAUUCUGGACCAUCCUCCGUCAGGACUGUGCAUAUUUUGACCAGCCAAGCCACAGUACUGGUGCCCUAGCUACGAGAUUGUCUUCAGAUGCGUCAAACGUGAAAGGGGCCACCGGGAUGCGCAUCAGCACCAUCGUGCAGUCUAUGGUCACGCUGAUUGUUGCUCUUGUCAUCGGCUUCAUCUUUGGCUGGAAGCUGGCUCUUCUCAUCUUUGGUUGUCUCCCAGUCCUGGCUAUCUCUGGUGCCCUUGAGAUGAAGAUCCUCCAAGGGGGACACGAGAAGGAUGCCGCUCUCAUCGAGGAAGCCGGCAAGAUUGCAGCUGAAGCGAUAGAGAAUGUCCGCACUGUCGCCUCACUCAACCUUGAGGAUAGGAUGAUCAGCAAUUAUGCAGAGCAACUGGAAAAUCCUUACAAGCAAGGAAAGAUAAACAGUCAGGUUAACGGCCUUGCCUUUGCCGUCUCUCAGGCGAUGAUCUUCUUCAUCUAUGCUGCAUCCUUCCGUCUUGGAGGAUAUCUGGUCUCCAUCGGUGAUAUGACGGGGGAUGAAGUAUUCAAGGUAAUCUUCGGAGUUGCGUUUGCUGGUAUCUCGGUCGGUCAGUCAAUGGCUUUCCUUCCAGACUACGCCAAGGCUCGCCAUUCUGCGGAUCUUAUCCUCCACCUGUUCAACACCAAACCUCUUAUCGAUAAUUACUCCACUGACGGGGCUCAUCCGAGUUCAGUGCAAGGUAGGAUUGAGUAUAGUGGUCUCAAGUUUGCUUAUCCUACGCGUCCAGACAUCACCAUUCUCAAAGGGCUGAGUCUUACCAUCAAACCAGGCCAGACUGUAGCCUUGGUAGGAGAGAGUGGGUGUGGAAAGAGUACCUUGGUAUCACUUCUAGAGAGAUUCUACGAUCCAGAACAAGGCACAGUGUCUCUGGAUGGGAAGUAUGUAAAAGACAUCAACAUCCAGUGGCUCCGAGCAAACAUGGCGAUCGUGAGCCAAGAACCGAUCCUCUUUGCCUGUUCUAUCGGGGAUAACAUCCGAUAUGGCGUCGACGAGAAGAUGGAAGUGGCGGAUAUCGAGAAGGUUGCCAAGAUGGCCAACAUCCAUGAUUUCAUAGCGUCUCUUCCUCUUGGAUAUGAUACGCUAGUAGGAGAGAAAGGAACCCAGUUAUCUGGGGGUCAGAAGCAGAGAGUAGCCAUCGCCCGAGCACUGGCUAGGAAUCCACGGAUCCUACUCCUCGACGAAGCUACCUCAGCACUUGAUACAGAGAGUGAAAAGGUCGUCCAAGCAGCUCUGGAUAACGCCAUGAAGGACCGGACGUCGAUCGUCAUCGCCCAUCGUCUCUCCACCAUCCAGAAUGCCGACGUCAUCGCCGUCAUCAGAGAGGGCGUGGUCGUCGAGAGCGGAAGCCACCAGGAGCUCCUCCAGAGCAAAGGACACUAUUACACCUUAACUGGGGGCAAGAUUGAUGUAGAAUAGAUGCCCACAGAGGCUCAAAAAGAGGUUCAUAUUCACUUGGUACAAGCAGUUGAUCUGCUUCUCAUAAAAUCUAAUAACAUGCAGGCUAAGCCAGUUUAGUCUACUGUCAAUUUGGUCUUCACUAUUGAUGAUCCAAUACCCACCAAGUCUAAUUCCUUUUUUAGGCUAAUGCCCAGAUGGUCCAAUUUCCGCUUUGUCUACAUAGUAUAUAUAUAUAUAUAUAUUUUUUUUUUUUACUUUGUUAAGUAAAAAUUUGGUUCAUAAUCAGUUUAUUUAACCAUACCAACUAAGAGAUGUAAGAGGUGGAUAUUUUAGGAGAUGGAUAUACCGUAGUCUGAUGGGAAAUUAGACCAAAUGUAUUAAAUCUAAAGGGAAGAACUUGCAUUAGAUCAAAUGGGAUGAGGCCGAAUGGAAAGUAGAGAAAGCAGAUAAAGACCAAGUGACAAUUUGCGUCACAAUGUAUUCAAACCUCUUGAGUACCAGCGACUGACCUUUUUAAUAUCUGGGGAGCGUUUCAUGAAAGGACUUGUCGGACAUUUCUGACGAAGUCGGUUUCAUCCGGCAGGUUUAUCGGACAAAAAUCUGGAUGAAAUGCUCCUCAGAGAGUACCGUACUUAACUAGGAGUGUUGUUGAAAUAGGCUUUGGUAUUCAUAGAUUUAACCUGGUGAGUUCAAGGAUGAUGAUGAGCCCUUAUAAGUUAAAGGGGAACCUAACCUUGGUCUUAAAUGUUGUGUUGGAAAGGAGAAAAAUAAAGAAAACAGAACGGUGAAAAUUUGAAAAAAAUCGGACAAGA